AUGAUUGUUGAUAUCGCCGUUCCUCAUGACGAGAAUCUCGUGAAAGUUGAAAAAGAAAAACAAAUUAAAUAUUUGGAUUUAUCUCACGAGAUUGUUGAUAUGUGGAAUGUUGAUUCAGUGAUCAUUGUUCCGAUAGUCGUAUCUGCUCAUGGAUUGAUAGCCAAGAGCCUCGACCAACACCUUAAGAGGCUUACGUUGGAUGGCUGGAUCAAGGGUCUGAUGCAGAAGGCAGUCCUCCUUGACACGGCUCGUAUAGUGAGGAGGUUCCUAUCUUUGGAGUCCUAA